AUGGAACACCCCCUCUUUGGCUGCUUGCGCAGCCCCCACGCCACAGCGCAAGGCUUGCACCCCUUCUCGCAGUCUUCUCUGGCCCUCCACGGAAGAUCUGACCACAUGUCCUAUCCCGAACUCUCCACUUCUUCCUCGUCUUGUAUAAUCGCGGGAUACCCCAACGAGGAGAGCAUGUUUGCCAGCCAGCAUCACAGGGGGCACCACCACCACCACCAUCACCACCAUCACCACCACCAGCAGCAGCAACACCAGGCUCUGCAGAGCAAUUGGCACCUCCCGCAGAUGUCCUCCCCGCCGAGCGCGGCCAGGCACAGCCUGUGCCUGCAGCCCGACUCCGGAGGGCCUCCGGAACUGGGGAGCAGCCCUCCGGUCCUGUGUUCCAACUCAUCCAGCCUGGGUUCCAGCACCCCGACUGGGGCCGCGUGCGCACCAGGGGACUAUGGCCGCCAAGCGCUGUCACCCGCGGAUGUGGAAAAGAGAAGUGGCAGCAAGAGGAAAAGCGACAGCUCAGACUCCCAGGAAGGAAAUUACAAGUCAGAAGUGAACAGCAAACCUAGGAAGGAAAGGACAGCUUUUACCAAAGAGCAAAUCAGAGAACUCGAGGCAGAAUUUGCUCACCAUAAUUAUUUGACCAGACUGAGAAGAUAUGAGAUAGCAGUGAAUCUAGAUCUCACCGAAAGACAGGUGAAGGUGUGGUUCCAGAACAGGAGAAUGAAGUGGAAGCGGGUCAAAGGAGGACAGCAAGGAGCAGCAGCUCGAGAGAAGGAACUGGUGAAUGUGAAAAAGGGAACCCUUCUCCCGUCAGAGCUGUCAGGGAUUGGUGCGGCUACCCUCCAGCAGACAGGGGACUCGCUAGCAAAUGAUGACAGCCGCGACAGUGACCACAGCUCAGAGCACGCACACUUAUGAUAUAUACAGAGACCAGCUCCAUUCUCAGGAAAGCACCAUUGUGACGGCAAGCCUUACCCGAACAUCGUUUACAUGGCAGAGGACUGUGACAGUGUUGCUUUGAUAGAAUCAAA